UUAAAUGUGUAAAAACCUCCUCCACAAAAAUAACCGUUUUUCCAACCAACAUUCUCUUCCUCACUCUCACUCUCACUCUCGUUCAGUCUCUGCAGCCUGAAUAUGCUCUCUUCUUCUUCCCUCUCUUACCAAACCCUAACCCUAAACCCAACUCUCAGAAAUGAUACGACCCACAAAACCCAUCAAACUCUAUUCCAACUUUACCCCAAAACCGUUCUUAAAUUUACAUCUUCCAGCCCUUCCCUCCAAACCCAGAACCAUCUCAUUCCAAAUCCUCUGCUGCUCAGACCCUCCAACCCCAUCAUCUUCCUCUUCCUCCUCUUCUUCCCAAACCCUAGUCUCCAUCCUCCGCGCGAUUCCCGACUGGGCCGACCAAGUAAAAGAGCGAGGAAUGCGGCAGAACCGAGUUCUGUACAGCCAUGAGAAAUGGGUUCACCAUAGGAGCUCCCUCCGCCAUGUCCGGCACCUGCUUUCGAGCCUCUCCUCGCGGGUCAUCCUGUCUUUGGUACCUCCUGUCAUCGUCUUCACCUUGGUUGCAGUGGUGAUCGCGAGCUAUAAUUCCGCGGUUCUUGAGAAUUGGUUGCCGGAGUUUUUUCCGGUGUUGCGGGCCUCGUCGUUGCCGUACCAGCUGACGGCGCCGGCUUUGGCGCUGCUGUUGGUGUUCAGGACGGAGGCAUCGUACUCGAGGUUCGAGGAAGGGAGGAAGGCAUGGACUAAGGUGGUUUCGGGGACUAAUGAUUUUGCAAGGCAGGUGAUUGCUGGGGUUGCCAAUUCUUCUGAUGCUCCGCUCAAGAACGCGCUUUUGCAGUAUAUAAUGGCGUUUCCGGUUGCACUUAAGUGUCAUGUAAUUUAUGGCUCAGAUAUUCAACAAGACCUCCACAAUCUACUCGAAUUAGAUGAUUUAUCGGUGGUUCUGAAUUCUAAACAUCGACCCCGCUGCAUUAUUGAGUUCAUCUCACAGACCCUGCAACUACUAAGGUUGGAAGAAUCGAGAAGAAAUACAUUGGAAGCAAAUAUUUCUUGUUUCCAUGAAGGAAUCGGUGUGUGUGAACAACUGAUUGGUACUCCAAUCCCUCUUUCAUAUACGCGGUUGACUUCGAGAUUUCUAAUCCUCUGGCAUCUGACUCUCCCCAUAAUACUUUGGGAUGAUUGCCACUGGAUUGUUGUUCCUGCUACUUUUGUUAGUGCUGCUUCUUUAUUCUGCAUCGAAGAAGUUGGUGUUCUUAUUGAAGAGCCAUUCCCAGUGUUGGCGCUUGAUGAUCUUUGCAAUACGGUCCAGAAAAAUAUUCAGGAAGCUAUUGAAAGUGAAGCCCAAAUUCAAGCAAGGCUUAGUGCAAAAAGAGAGAUACACACUAGGCAUCACUCACCAAAUGGUCAUCCAAAGUUCUAGUUGGAUUUGGAUCACUGCCACAAAUAUUUAACACCCAUUUAACCCAAUUACCUAUUAUAUACUUCCAAGUCUAGAAAGCAUGUAUUAUAAAGUUGCCCUUUUUGUUUUCUGUUGAAUGAGACAAUGAAAGUCGGUCUUUGUCAUUUAAACCUGUAAAUAUUAGAUGGUUUUGUUACUGAUUAAGAAACAUUAAUUUUAUAAUUAUUUAUGUUGUGAAUAUAUAUGUAGCAUUUAUAUAAAUGAAAUGAAACUUGGCCUGCUAUUGGCCGUUACAUA